AUGGCCACAUUACAGCAUGUUCUUUCAUCGGAAAGCGAUCGUCCCAGCGUGACAGCUUUACAACAUGAUAUGCGAAAACUUCAAAAGGAAAACCAAAGUCUUAUCAAAGAAAUCAAUACUAUCAAGUACCAUUACUAUGGAUGUCGUCAGUCUUUAUCACAAAUGCUUCAGUGUGAAAAUUUUCUAGAUACUGUAGGGAUUUCUGAAAGUGGAGUGCCAGUUUUGAAACCAGAUAGACCAGUAACUACGUUUCCACCGACACCUUUCCCCAUGCCAAAUUCAGGUCAGAUUCCAAUUUUCGACGGGAAAGAUGUGUCUUAUUUUAUUGAAAGGUACGAAAGUGCAGCGAAAAGAUCAAACGCAAACGGAAAAGAUAAACUUCACUUUCUUAAAAUGUAUGUUACCAAAGAGGUAUGGGCUGAAAUAUAUGGGCUUGUUAAGACGCUUAAAGACUGGCCCGCAGUUAAAUUGUACAUGAUUUAUGCUUUUCAGAUGGAAGACGCUUACGCUAAAUUCACAAUGUCAAUGGAUUACCUGGUAAAGUCCGUUGCCCUCACGCUCAAUAAUCCUGAUAACUUUUUGUAUAAUGUUCAAGGGUUGAGUCAUAUUUUGGCAUAUGGUGAUGCUUUGCACACUAAUGAAACAUCAGCAAGCCUCUUGGAUAUGUUUCAUUUCUUAUCCAGUCAUUGCAAGUUCAUUGCGGACGACCAGGCCUUUGAUCGAAUGAAUGUGCCUCCGCACAUUGUGAGCCACAUGAUGAAACGUCCAGCUAAUAUUCCUUGGAACGUAACAAGAGAGGAUGCGUGGAAGUAUAUUAGAAUGGCGAUUGAGCAUACCUUGAACUUUUAUUUGUAUUGUUGCCGUAAAACUGGAGCUUCUCGCUUUAAGGAGCAACCAAAGACUAAUGAAUAA